UCCUUAGGGAAUUUGGAUAUAUAAUAUAAGUGAGUAGUUUGCGCUUUUUAAACCUUAAACUAACCAAACUUUGAAGCAUGAUACUAUACUUCAAAUUAUUAUUAUUAUUAUUAUUAUACUCUUAAAAGAACAAGCAUAAAGUUCACUGUUUCUUAGAGUCAAAUCCCACAACUGUUACUCCUUUGCCUUUUGAUGGUUUCUUAUUGGCCGUGUUCUGUUUCUGAUUGGAAUUUUCUGACACAGAGAAACUCCUUCCGUCGCUUCAGUUCGGCGCAAGAAACUCUUCGUUGCUUUUCAUCAUGACACUUCCCAACCACACACAAAAAAAAAAAACUCUAAAUUUCCCUCUUCUCUUUCUUCUCUCAUCCACAAGAGCCAUCUCUAUCCAAUUUUGCCUCUCUUCCUCUCUGUAGGAGAAGAGGACAUCUACACAACGUAGCUGCAUCUCUUUCACCGGCGAAUAGAAGAGCUAACAAAGGCGGACAUGGGUGACUCGGAUCUUCUUCUCCAACAGUUGCAAGGGUUUGGGUCGGCCGGGAAGGUUCGUUCCUGAGAUGGGUUGGUGGCGUAUCGGAGACCAGAGGUGCCUCCUGUCUUUUACUCCAACAGAGACAGGGGUCGCUGAGCUUCUCCACCUCUGCCAUCUCAAUCGACGAAGACGCGGCUCGGAACUCCACUUUCUUACUUAAUCGCGUUCGAUCUUAGGUAUGUAAGAUGAGCUGCUUCAUUACAGAUUCAGAUCAUUUUCUUUGCCUGCUAAUCUAACCAGAAAGGCAGGAUGAGGGAGGAUUUGUCGGUGGUGUAGAUUCUGAAGCCAGCAAAGGCAACGAGGGCCAGCUACUGAUCUCUGGGUAAGCUUCUUCUUUUUGGAAUUUGGUUUUGUUAAUAGUCUGCGUGUUGCCUUUCUUUGAUAGUGUUCCAUUAUGUUUCAUUUUUAUUUGAUUUCAGCAAAAGGAACCAUUAGGUUUAAUUUUUAUUUGAUUUCAGCAAAAGGAAGAGGAAGAUGAAGCUGCCGUCGGUAGUUCUGGCCCUUUUCAAUGACGAUAAGCAGCAACGUAGUUCGCUGCAUAGUAGAAAAUGUAUAUAGUUUGGCGGAAGAACCAUAACUGUAGUUUUCUCAAUGGGAUCAUCAGCCGCAAAAUCACGAAAGGAGGAUUAUCCAUCGCUGAUUGGUUGAUGGUCGAGGAGGAAAACGAGGACGAUACAGAUGAACACAUGAGAGUACCCUUGAAUGACGAACAAGAACAAGGCAGUAGGAGUUCAAUGGGGAAGCUCAAGAUUCACAGAUCUUUGGCGGCUGGUUUCUACAGAGUUCAGAUCCGUGUUGAACAAUCGUGGUCGUUGAUCAGUUGGAGCAAAGUGUGGGGUGUGGGUCUUGAAUUUGAUCUCAAUCAGAGUGUGGGAAUCCAUGCUCUUCUCAACUGAUUUUUGGUGGCCAAGUUUCGUUAUGGGUUGUUUGGUGCACCUGUGUUGGCGAAGGUGUCUCGCCUGCUGGUGGUUUUGGAUCAGGUGUUUAGCGUGGUUUCUGCUUACUUCCCUUGAACUUGGAGUGAGUUUCAUGGAAAGCUUUCAAGUCGCUUGGUGGAUUUGCAGCUCUCGCUUGCCUCUGCCAUAAUGUUGUGGUAGGAAGGAAUUGCAUAUUUGAUUUGCUUAUUUUAUUUUUGGAGUAAUGGAAUUCAUUAAUUGUAAGCUUCAUUGUGAACCACAAUGAGUUGUGGUCAGCUAAUCGUUUGUAUUAGUGCUAGGGGAAGGGGAGAGUGCAUACAGAAUGGAAGAUUACCUCUUCAUCAGUUUUGUAAACAUGAAAGGGACCAUAAACAAUCCAGAGAAGAGCUUCUGCAGAACAUCAUGGUGAGUGCUGAACUUCAAUGCUUUAUUGAUUUUUUCCAAUGCUUUUGUUCCUUCUAUGCCUCUUUCGACCAGUAGUUACGCUUUGUUGAUUCCAUCGCUUAUCAAAAAACCCUUACCUUCCAGGAGGGAAUUGUCGAAGAAUGAAGGAAACGAGAAACUGUGUUUCACAGCUGUCACUAUAAGUAUAUCACUAUUUCAAGAGGGAAGCACAAUUGUUGAUUCAAUCAUAGCCACAGCCAAUGUCGGUUUUCUCCACUCUAUGCCACCCAUACACAGUUUGGCCCUUUCAGGUCAACACUUCCACUCCUUUUUGUCUCGCAGAUUCUGUGUUCGAAUUCAUAGAUUUUGCUUGCUUAAGUUGGGUUCAGUACCAAUGCUCUAUCGUUGGUUCAGUUCCAAAUAUAUGGAUCUGUUCUGCAAGAUCGGGUCUGAUAAAUGCAACUAAAGUUUCAAAUCAAAGAUGUUGGAUCAAUGAAUGCAUGAUUUGCUAUUGGGGAAAAGGUGUAGCAUGGUGGGAUCGAUCGAUUGAUGUAUUAGGGAUCUUUCAGCUCAUUUAUAACUAUGAAGAAACCAUAAAAAGGUAACGGGCUCUUCCUCAGUUCUUCUUCUCUGUUUUCCAGUGCUACUUUAUCUAGCUAUAUAACAUAUAAUGAAUGAACCUCUAUAUUUGGGAUUUGCUCAAACAGUCAAAAUAGUUAAGUAUGAUCUUAUGUCUACUCCUGAAAUUACUUUCCUUAUAUUUCAUUGCUCUGCUAGCAUAACUGCAGUUUAUCUUUUUUGGGAGGGGAGCUCCUACACAGUAUUGUCAUCACAGACAUGGAUUGUAUUAUAUGGUCUGCAUUUCAAUUUCAAAUCCAAGAUAAAAAGGCUGUCUUUUUUACCUUUUCUUUCACUAAUCAUUUAUCUAUGGUCUGCAUUUUUUAUUGAUAUAGCGCUUUCUUUCACUAAUCUCUUAUUAUUAAAUCCUUCAAUAAACCACAAUAAGGAAGAUGCCUCUUAACCAUGUGAAGGGACUUAAGAACUCAUGAAGACAAAAAAAAAACUCAAACAUUAGUUAUUUACCUUGCAAGACUUUUGCUUUAACUAAACACACAAUGCCAAAUACUUUCAGUGAGAAAUAGUAUGUCUUUGCAACUGCAAGAUUACCAUAUUUAGGCGAACCUAUCAAGAUAGAGUUAUUGGUUAGCUCAUCAUCGUUCUUGGUAUUGAGAAUAUGCUUCUCUGUAAUGUUAAUUUGUGCAAACGAUAAUGGUUGGAUCUGCCAUUAUGUCCAGUGGCGGCCGUAAUGCAUUAAGUAUGAGCAGUGUACUUCUCGCCCUCUUUUGUAGCUCUUUAGUGUGAGGCUUGGCCAGGGUUUGUAAAAUGCAGUGGUGCUUUUAUAGGUGUUGUGAUUGAGGGUAGGUUAUGCUUAGCGGGUAUGUACAUGUUACAGUGAAGAAUCAGACAGAAUCGAAAUGCUGCAGGAUGAGACAUAAGAAAGUUAGAUCAUUCAGUCCGACUUGAUUCAGUCUGUUUUUUUAUCUGUUAUAGUCUUAUCCUUGCAUGCUUUUUUAAUGUAAGUUUAUCCAUAUCUAUCAAUCAGACUUGGUGGUUUCAAAUCAAACAACCUUCUAGAGUAGUGGUUCGGAUUUCUCAUAGCCAGGAGAAUUGUUUUAGCCUUAUUGAGUUUGAUUUGUUGUUUACCUCUUCUGAAUCACCUGAUCCAUUCUCUGACGUACAAAGAUGCGACCACAUUUUCAAGAAUUUGUGAAUUGCUACUAAUGUUCUGAGCCAUCAGAUUUCAUAAUUUUCCCGGUUGUUUUAGCCAUUCUGCAUAAUGGCGGAUUUCAGAGCAUCCCAUUUCGGGUUCUCUGUCCAUCUUAAAUGUCUAAGUUACUUAUGUCUCUACUUGUUCUACAUGAGUUCAUAGCAAUAGAGAAACGAGCAUAAGUAGAUAUGAUGAAAGGAAAAGAUCAAGAAAGCAUUCAGUUUUUAGGUGUUUUUGCUGUUUUACAAUCUUUUUUACUAAUUGUUUUACCUCUUUCUGCCUUUAAUUGUUUGAACCUGAGAAAUCAUGUGUUUCUGAGUUCUAAAGCUCAAUGUUCUGGCCAUUUUUCAUUGAAUUUGUUUUCUUUAUUCUCGAAAUUAGAUGAUUCCAUUACUGAUAUCACAGUUCGGGUUUUACUACCCUCCAUGUUCUUUAGAUACUUGGGUAGUGUCUUUUAACAGUAUGGGGUUACACUUUUUUUAGAAUUUACUCCUGCAGAAGCUUAUAGAAUUACUCAUGUUCUUUGCAUUUGUUGCGGUCCAGGUUUUCAAUUUACUCUAUUUCAUUCUUCUCCUUCAUGUUAUUUUUUUUACUUUAGUUUACUGAAGGAACCAAUUCAAAUGUUUUACUCCCAUAUUUAUCACAACUCAUUUUAUCAAAUAUGUUAUUCAAGUUCGCGACUGUUAAUGGUGAAAUUAAAUGAAGUGGUCUUCAUAACCAAUUCAGGUGAAUUUUAUAUGAGAACUAAUAAAACUAUAUUUGACAAGACAUCUUCGGAGUCUGCAGGGUGUAUAUAGCUAUUUGACUUAAAGACAACGACAAUUGUUAUUGUUUGGCCUAUAUGCAGACAGUAUUUUAAUGUUGGUUCCAAGGCUCGAAGUUGAAUUAGUAGUCAGGUUUCAUCGAUGGUCUAAAUGUGACUUGGUUAGCUUUGGAUUUAUUUUCUGUUAUAUUCUCCCAUCAACUGAAAAUGGAAGGAUGCAAAUAGUCUCUUCUUUCAUAUAUUGAGAUUCAACGAAUGAAAAUGGAAGCCUGAAAAUUAUCUCUUUUUUCAUAUAUGUAUCAGAUAUUAGUUCUAGGCCUUCAUUUUGUCCCUUUGUACUAGACUGGGUAGUGUAUGGUUUGCAGAUUUAUCUAUCAUGUAUAUAAGAAAUGGUGUUUUCUUUAUUCUUUUCUGUUUCAUUACCAUGUUUGGUUUAUUGUUUUUUGCUCGGUGACAAUGUUGUAAAUCUUAAUUGUUUCUUUAAAACAUUUGCUGUUCCACAGCUCCCACAAACUACAAUUUACAGAGUUAAAUGUCAUCUAUGGUUCAUCCACAAUAGGGAUUUCACUUUGCUUGCUCAUUUGCUGCUUUCACAAACUGCAAUCUACAGAGUUGAAUAUCAUCUAUGGUUUGCUUUUUCAACGCAUUUAUGGAAAUAGGUGAUUGAGAUGUAUCCCUGCCAUGUAUGUGGUUGGUUUUGCUUCUUUCUGCUUAGGUCUCUUGCCUUCGUUGCAUUUUGAAAACAAUCUUGCCAUGUUGAUUACUUUCCAUUGUUUUCGGCAGAGCAUAAAGUCAAACUCGCUGUUUGGAGACACUUUGAUUUUGCCACCAUCUUUGGAGUAGAUUAAGUGGCUGCCUUCAUGGGGGUUUAUGGUCCUCGAACUAUUUGCGGUCUUGCAAUCAAUGACUACCCUGGCACUAAUGAGCUCCUCAUGGAUGAAGGUUCGCUUUGUUACCUUCCUUCUCGCUGUUUUUUAAUUUGUAAAGUAGUGUCAGCUUUCUCCAAAUUCUUAAUCACUGAUACAAGCAAAUGGCAGCAUGUGAAGGAGUUGACUGAUAUAGAUAAAAGCAAACUAUUCUCACCUUUUGGAAGGCUAUUGAAGCCUUUAAGGUGUUGUUGUAGAUUCAUGGUUAACCCAAAAAUGACUGUUAGACUCUCUGUUCUCUUUCUUAUUGUUGUUUAUGGCAGGCCAGUGCAAGUUGUUGGCGAUUAGUGAUUAUAUGUGGGAGAUGGUAACCACAUCCGUGUAGAGCAGAGGUAGCUGCAGUGGAGGCAUGAUUAAUUCCUUAAAAUCCAAUGGCUAGGGCAUUUUAGAAAGAUGAUAGACCUUCCCUUAACGAAUUAUUUUAUAUUUAAUUUUUACUGAGUCACUACAGCGAAACACCAAUAUGGGAUCCAUUCUAAGUUCGUUUCAUGUUGUUUCGUAGUGGCACCUGAAGACAACUUGAUGUUGAUCUUCGGGUCAUAGCCAAGGUAGUUUAUGCAAACACAAGCUGGGUGCUUUCUCGGUGAAGUGACAAUCUGUAUAUGGUUCUCUUACAAUCAUUUUGUAAGCGAUAAUUGUAUUUGCAUGGUCUUGCUAGAUCACAAGGUUUUAAUCAAUAAUUCAAUAGUGUCGUGUCCUAUCUUAGCUUGCUUUUCAGAAUGUUGCAUAAUUGGUCUGGGGGGUUUUCAAUAUGAAAUAUGAACAUUAGUUGAUGUGAAAAGAUGUUAUCAUUGUCAUGAGCAGAGGUCUAUGCUUUAUACAAUCAUAAUUUUACAUUUGUUCCCACCAUUUUUCAUUAUUUCAAGCAAACAGAGACUUAGCUUCAUGAAGUUCGUUAUAAUCAUUUAUGUAUGAUCUAGGUUAGAAGAUUGAUUGACAGAAGCAGAAACUAUUAGUCAACGAGGACUACUUAGCAUCAUGCAUUACUCGAUGAUAUAUGCUGAUAUCAAAAUUAAUUGCAAUACCUUUUUUAUAGAAGGGUGAUGAAAUUGAAUUUAAAAAAAAACUUAAAAGAGUGAUCAAAGUACUGUUCAAGAGAGCUCCUAAGGUGUGAGCAGUGAAAAACAAACAAACGUACAAGAAGAAGAAAGAACGCAGCAAAAACAAAACAAAAAUACAAUUUUUUGUCAUAAAACCACCUGAACGAUGGGCUGGCCAGGACACACAAAUGCCAGAAGGUGAACUAAAAUGGUGAGUACAAGAAUAAGCAGAAAGAACUCAACACUUGAUGCGAUAAACACAAUCACAUGCAAGGCCACAACGGAAAUAGAGAUGAGAGCCACGAUUCAGAUCCCAGCAAAUGGCAAAGUAGUGACGAGAGUUGACUUAAUGUAUAUUCACAUUGUGGGUUAUGUUUUACAAUUCGGUCUGCUUUUUAUUUUGUCUGUAAAAAAACAAGAUAAUGUCAUUUUGUGGAGAUGUAUUUUUCCUAAUAUUCUUGAAAUAUAUGAAUAUUAUUAGUCUAUACGAUAACAUUUAAUUCAAAUAAACACAAUCUAAUUCAACAUGAUCAAAGCGAGUUAAUUCUGGAGUUAACAGAUUUUAGGUCAUGAUCAAGAUUUAUCCACUUUUGUAAUUAACAGGUUGGGUCAGUGUUAUUUAAUAAUAACAGGUUAGGUCAUGAUCAAGAUUUUAGGUCAUGAUCAAGAUUUAUCCACUUUUGUAAUUCAAAUAAACAAGAUCUAAUUCA